AUGUCCGACACCACCAACAAUGACCAUCUGGUCCAGUCCACUGACCCGGAGCACCCGGCCAACCUGAUCCCCGACCUCUGUCGCAAGUUCUACAAUUGGGGCUGGGUCACCGGUACCGGUGGCGGCGCCUCCAUCCGCCAGGGCGAGCACAUCUUCAUCGCCCCCUCCGGGGUCCAGAAGGAAUUGAUCCAGCCGCAAAACAUCUUCGUCAUCCAAUGGCCCACCAAAAAGUACCCAGCCACCGAGCGCAACUACAUCCGCAAACCGCUCAAGCUCAACCCCUCGGCCUGCACGCCGCUGUUCCUCACGGCUUUUGAACAGGGCGCCGGCUGCUGCAUCCACACGCACUCACAAUGGGCCGUCCUGGUGACGCUGCUGGUGGAGCGGGAGAAGGGUCCCGACGCCUGCUUUGAGAUUAGCAGCAUCGAGCAGAUCAAGGGGAUUCCGCGCGGCAAGGGGAAGGGCAUGCUGGGCUUCUUUGAUACGCUGCGCAUCCCCAUUAUCGAGAACACGGCCUUCGAGGAGGAUCUGACCGCUGGUCUGGAGGCCGCCAUGAACAAGUACCCGGACACCUAUGCCGUGCUUGUUCGUCGACAUGGAAUCUAUGUCUGGGGAGACGACGUGGCCAAGGCCAAGACCCAGUGUGAGAGCCUGGACUAUCUGUUCCAGCUGGCGGUGGAAAUGCACAAGCUGGGCCUUCCCUGGGUGAAAUAG